GUGAGACCGUAUUGCUUCCGUAAAUAGUCUCGUCGUAAUUCGACCGCCAUUCGUAGUAACGACGCAAUUCUGCGUAAAUGAUGGACCAGCACACUGACACGAAAGCGGUGAUCGAAGCAGAUGUCCUCAAAGUGGUCGUCGUCAAAGAGGAGGAGCCAGAGCCUGCCGACGUCAAAGAGGAAGAGGAGGAGGCCGACAUCAGCAAGUUCCAUGUGAAGAGCGAGGAAGAGGAUGACGAGCAAGCCGAGUGGUCAUCACAGCUUCAUCACAGAGACGAGGAGACCAGUCACCCAGAAGGAGAUUACAUCUUCGCUCCGCUGUCAGACUGUGAAGACACAACGUCACGUUCCACUGACACGGACGACAGCGACCACGCUGAAGACGCCCUAAAGUCGAAUAAACACUCAAAAGGCGUCCGCAACAAACACUUUCCAUGUUCUCAAUGCGACAAGAGCUUUGUCCAUGAGAGGAAUCUAAAAACUCACAUGAGGAUCCACACGGGAGAAAAACCUUUCAGCUGCUCAAUAUGCGGCAAAACUUUCAGCCAGAGUGCAAAUUUAGUUGUUCACUCUCGCAUUCACACCGGAGAGAAACCCUUUUCCUGCUCGCUUUGUGGCGGACGCUUCUCCCAAAAGGGACAUUUACUAAGACACAAAGCAACACACACUGGAGACAAGACGUCUUUCUGUUCGCUUUGCAACUCUGCUUUCUAUCAUCGCUCGGCGUUCAUUGAGCACAUGAGGACGCAUAGCGGCGAAAAAACAUUUUCCUGCUCGGUCUGCCCCAAAAGAUUCUCCAGAAGGGGCAAUUUGAUGACACACAUGAGAACUCACACCGGCGAGAAACCCUUCUCUUGCAUGGUUUGUGCCAAACGCUUCUCUCAAAAGGGACAUUUGAUGACGCACACAAGGACACACUCGGGUGGGAAACCUUUUUCCUGCUCGCUUUGUGCGAGGAGGUUCUCCCAGAAAGGACACAUGAUGUCACACAUGAGGACGCACCGCAGAAACAACAUGUUGAUGCUCCAAGAUGCGCAGAUGAGACUCAUGAGAACGCACUCAGAUUAAAAUUCA